AUGGAAGGCGCAGCGGAUAUCAACACAGUCCUCACCAACUCGCUGAGUCCCGGUCAGCCUUCGCUAACUCAUUGCGCAGACGCGACUCUGCGAAACGCGGCCGAGCAACAGCUUAUCCACGCCGCCGAGACCAAUUUUUCACAAUACCUCCUCACACUCGUCCAAGCGUUGGCAAAUGAUAGCACCGAGGGUCAUCUUCGAGCCGCCGCCGGUAUUGCCUUGAAAAACGCCUUUUCUGCACGCGAAUUCGCGAGGCAAGCCGAGUUACAAGCGAAAUGGCUCAAUCAGACCGACCAAGAGAUCAAGACGCGCAUUAAACAACUGGCGUUGGAGACACUCGCAUCCUCCAAUGCCCAGGCCGGCCAGGCGACGGCUCAGGUCGUCGCCGCGAUCGCCGCAAUCGAGCUGCCGCGGAAUCAGUGGCCUGACCUCAUGCACGCGCUUGUGCGAAACGUCAGCGAAGGCAACCAGUACCAGAAGCAGGCGUCGUUAACUACCAUCGGCUUCAUCUGCGAGAGCCAAGACACGGACCUUAGAAACGCCCUGGUGAGCCACUCCAACGCCAUCUUGACGGCCGUCGUGCAAGGCGCACGCAAGGAGGAGCCCAACAAUGAGGUUCGCCUUGCUGCCAUCACUGCCUUGGGCGAUUCGCUCGAGUUCGUCGGCAACAACUUCAAGCACGAGGGCGAGCGCAACUACAUUAUGCAGGUCGUCUGCGAGGCCACUCAGGCCGAGGAUUCCCGGAUACAACAGGGCGCCUUUGGCUGCCUCAACCGCAUCAUGGCCCUCUACUACGAGAACAUGAGGUUCUACAUGGAGAAGGCUCUUUUUGGUCUCACCAUUCUGGGCAUGAAGAGCGACGACGAGGAUGUUGCCAAGCUUGCAGUCGAGUUCUGGAGCACUGUUUGUGAGGAGGAAAUCGCCAUUGAAGACGACAACGCUCAAGUCGAGAGUUCCGAGCAGAUGCGUCCGUUUUACAACUUUGCUCGCGUGGCAACUAACGAAGUCGUUCCCGUUCUGCUCGGUCUUCUGACCAAGCAGGACGAGGAUGCCUCGGACGACGAGUACAACAUCUCGCGUGCAGCGUAUCAGUGCCUGCAACUCUACGCCCAGGCGGUCGGAGCGUCCAUUAUCCCGCCCGUCAUUCAAUUCGUCGAGGCGAACCUGCGUCAUGAGGAUUGGCAUAAUCGGGAUGCCGCGGUCUCCGCUUUUGGCGCCAUUAUGGAUGGCCCCGAGGAGAAGGUGUUGGAGCCUAUCGUGAAAUCUGGCAUACAGCCCCUGAUUAGUAUGAUGGAGGACCCUUCGGUUCAGGUUCGGGAUUCCACCGCCUACGCGCUGGGCCGCAUCACCGAGGCCUGCUCAGAGGCCAUCGACCCGAGCCAGCACCUUGAGCCGUUGAUUCGCUCACUGUUCAACGGUCUGAUGAAUAAUCCAAAGAUGGCGGCCUCUUGCUGCUGGGCUUUGAUGAACCUUGCGGAGCGGUUUGCGGGCGACGUGGGCGCCGCCCAAAACCCGGUGACGCCUCAUUUCAACCAGAGUGUCACCAAUCUGUUGACGGUAACCGGGAGGAUGGACUCGGAGCCUGCCGUGCGGACUGCGGCCUACGAGGUCCUCAACGUGUUCGUGCAGAGCGCCGCUAACGACAGCCUUAGCGCCAUUGCGUCGCUCUCCACUGUCGUGAUCCAGCGGCUGGAAGAGACUUUGCCUCUCCAACAGCAGGUUGUCAGCGUCGAGGACAAGAUUAUCCUGGAGGACAUGCAGACAAGUCUCUGCACCGUUUUGCAGGCUACCAUUCAGCGGCUGGACAAGGAAAUCGCCCCCCAGGGUGAUAGGAUUAUGCAAACCCUUUUGCAGAUUCUCAGCACUGUUGGCAGCAAGUCGAGCGUCCCCGAGUCCGUCUUUGCGGCCAUCAGCGCUCUUGCCAACGCGAUGGAGGAUGAGUUUGUCAAGUACAUGGAUGCGUUCACCCCUUUCCUGUACAACGCCUUGGCCAACCAGGAAGAGCCGGCUCUCUGCUCGAUGGCUAUUGGCCUCGUCAGCGACAUCACUCGGUCUAUGGGCGAACGCAGCCAGCCGUACUGCGACAACUUUAUGAAUUAUCUGCUGAGCAAUCUCAGGAGCACGGCCCUUGCCAACCAGUUCAAGCCAGCCAUUCUCCAAUGCUUCGGCGACAUUGCUGGCGCCAUUGGCGGGCAUUUUGAGACCUACCUCCCCGUUGUCGCACAAGUGUUGCAACAGGCGGCCACCAUUACUGCUGGGGCCGAUGGCUCUUACGAAAUGUUCGACUAUGUUAUUGCUCUGCGCGAGGGUAUCAUGGAUGCGUGGGGCGGUAUCAUCGGCGCAAUGAAGACCAGCGGCAAGACCGCCAUCCUCCAGCCUUUUGUGCCAUCCAUUUUUGAGCUUCUCAACAGCAUCGCCAGUGAUGUCAACCGCAGCGAAGCUCUGAUGCGGUCGUCAAUGGGUGUUAUUGGUGAUCUGGCGGACGCUUAUCCUAACGGCGAGUUGGCUGAUGCUUUCCGCCAAGAAUGGGUCACGGCAAUGAUCAAGGAGACGCGGUCGAACCGGGAAUUCCAAGCUCGCACUAUUGAGACUGCUCGUUGGGCCCGGGAACAGGUGAAGCGGCAAAUCGGUGGUACCCAGACGGUCAUGCAGCAGACAUGA